AUUGAAGCCUAUCUCUCUCCCUCUCUUUUCUCACUCACUGCACUACAAAAUAAAAGGAGUCUCAGCUCGAUAGACGUAGAGAGAGAAAGUUAGGGACACUCAGAGAAGAGAUGAGACUGAGAAGAACCAAAGAACACUGAGUUUUUCUUACUUUUCUUUUUCUCUCUAACAUAAAACAGAGUGAGUGAGUGUGAGAGAGAACUCUGAAACCUCAUCUCUUUGAAGAAGAAGAAGAAGAAAAUGGCAAUGAAUGUAGAAGAAGAGCAACAAAACCCUUCUCUAUCUUUACUUGACACUCUCUACUGUGAAGAAGAGAAAUGGGAAGAUGAAGAAGAUGAUAAGAGUGAAGUUUACAGCACUAAUAAUGAUAAUAACCCUUCUCUGUUUCCUCUGUUCUUACUUGAACAAGACCUGUUUUGGGAAGACGAAGAGCUUCUCUCUCUUUUUACCAAAGAAGAGCAGCUUAAACAAACUCAUUACUAUCUAUUCCCGCACUCUUCUUCUACACUCAGUCUGGUUCGUCGUCAGGCUGUAGAAUGGGUUCUAAAAGUCAAUGCCCAUUAUGGUUUUACAGCUCUCACUGCUGUUUUAGCCAUUAACUACUUGGACAGGUUUCUCUCAAGCCUAAAUUUUCAGAGUGAUAAGCCAUGGAUGGUUCAGCUCGUGGCUGUAACUUGUCUCUCUUUAGCUGCAAAAGUUGAAGAAACUGAAGUCCCUCUUCUUCUAGAUCUCCAAGUGAGUGAUGCAAAAUACAUGUUUGAAGCCAAAACAAUUCAAAGAAUGGAGCUUUUAGUACUUUCAACUCUCCAAUGGAAGAUGCACCCAGUGACUCCCCUUUCAUUCCUCGACCAUAUCAUAAGGAGGCUUGGAUUGAAAUCCCAUCUCCAUUGGGAGUUUCUCAGGCGCUGUGAACGUCUUCUCCUCUCUCUAGUCUCAGAUUCAAGAUUCGUCUGUUACCUUCCAUCUGUAUUGGCUACUGCAACUAUGAUGAGAGUCAUUGACCAUGUUGAGCCAUGUAAAGCCAUUGAUUACCAAAACCAGCUUCUGGGUGUUCUUAAAAUAAACAAGGAAAAAGUAAACGACUGCUACAAACUCAUAAUCGAGCUUUCCAACGCCUAUAACAACCCACUUAAACGCAAGAACGAGGUAGUUCCAGGUAGCCCAAGUGGCAUUAUCGACGCCAUUUUCAGCUCAGAUAACUCAAAUGAUUCGUGGUCAGCUGAAUCUUCAGUAUCUUCUUCUCCAAAGGGUCGACAGAAUUUGUUCAAGAAGAUCAGAACCAGUGAGGACGAUAAUCAGAAGAUGAGAAUGCCUUCGGCGCUUAGCCGAGUCUUUGUCGACAUUGUUGGAAGCCCUCCUUAAGAAAAAAGUAAAAGAAAAAGUAAAGAAAGAACGUCGUCGUUUUCUCAUUUUGAAUCUAUGAUUGAAGAAAAAAAAAAAAGAGGAAAAAGAAAGAAACAAAAAAGACUCCAUAUUUAAUUUAUGGUAAUUAAUAUCUCAUUUCAAUGCAUGGGAUUUAUUAGCCUAUUAUUUAGGCAUGCUUUUUUCUCCACCUUUCAUUCCCAUUUCUUCUUUGAUUUUCCAACAAUGCCCUUUCUGUGGAAAAGGCUUGAGGGAGAGUUAAGCAAUGGUGAUAGGUGGCAAAAUGGCAUUUCAUGAUAUGAGAGAAGAGGGGCAAAAGAGGCAUUAGAUAUAAAGAUGAGCAUUUGUGUAUAAUAAAGGGAAAAAAAAAAGGAAAAGAAAGUCUACUUCUUCUCUCUCUAUAUAUUCGAUGGUUUUGGGCAAAACUCUCUCUAACUUUUGGACCAUACCCCUUUUAUUUGGACAAUAUAUUAUUUAUGUGAUAAAUAAAUUCAAAACAAAUUUUGAACA